UUUGGGGUCAUUUUGUGUUGAAUCGUCUGUGCACAGCGCCUCCAGCGCGCAAUCCCACUCUCUCCCGCUCAAACCGGAAGAAAGGUAGAGACGUAAGGCACGUACAGCAGAGAUGGAGCAGAGGAACCUGGAGCAGCAGGUGCAGGAGCAGUUCAAUGAUGUUCUUAGCCGGUUCCAGUCCAAAGAGUUCUUCCAAUCUGACUGGGACAUUGCUUCUUUCGCAGUCUUCUUCAUUUUCAUUGGGAUGGUGCUGCUGCUCUUCAUCCUGGUGCUGAUCCGCUGCUGCUGCUGUUGCUGCUGUGAUGACGACAAGCCACGUAGGCACAAGGUGGGCAUUGAGAACAUGGCGCUGGAACCCUGACUGGACCUGUGUGCAUCUCUUCUCAAUCUUCAUCUACACCUGCUACAGAAUGAUCGUUAUGAAAUCAGAGCUUUGUUAAUUAGAUAUGAAAUGACACUAAAUGAUUCUCUCUUUGAAAUGUGUGAAUUAACUUGUGAGUGUCUGGUGGUGGCACUUUAAUAGAAGUACAAAGUAGUGGUCCAAGUAAUUGCUCAAUUAAGGGUAAAAGUAUUUGUAUUGUAGUAUUUGUACUACUCAAGUGAGAGUAACUUAAAGGUGCAUUGUGUAACAUUUUUGGUACAGAGUAUGUCAAAUGCUUUUUCUCCAUGGAUAUGUUAUUGCUUUGUCUGGAGUGUUUUAGAGUAUGAUAUUAAAUCUUUAUCAUCAGAGACCAAACCAGAUCAGAGUUACAGGUCAGAUCUGUGGAGAAGCAACCCCACUCACAGUCAGAGUGCCUGUUACUCUGGUUAUUUUUAAGCUAUGAAACCACCUGUAUUUGAAUACAUAUAAGAUAGAGCUGUUUAAUGUCAUACUGUCGAACAUUUCAGGCAGAGCAAUGACAUCUCCAUGGAAACAAGCAGGUAACAGAUACCCAACCAAAAGUGACAGAGUACACUUUUAAAGAGGAACUGUUGGGAUGUAACAUCUGAUUUAUAAUUUCAAGUUAAUAUAAUUGGAAACAUAACACAUUAAAUAAUGUAAACAAUAAUUUCAUACUGUCAACAUAAAGUUUUUGUCACUUUACACUUCCUAAAAGUGGGAAGAGUAACCAAAAUUUUUACUCAAGUAAAGGUUAACUUAACUGUAACAGAGUACUACCCACCUCUGACAAUAAGAAGAAGUUACUUUUUAUCAUGAAGUCAAUCUACAUUUCAUUUUCAUUCAUGCUGUCCAAUAAUAGAAUACAAUGAUAUAUUUUGGAUAUUUAUGAAAUGAACUUUCUUUAAAAAAAAGUUUGCUGUUUGCAAUAUAAAUCAUUUUUCAG